AGGCUGUGGCGAGUUGGCAUUGAGCUUGACUGGAGUCGCGUUCGGCAGUGGUACUUAAUACCUUUUUCAGUUUAAUACUUUUUUUAUUUCAUAUAUGUAACUGACAAAUCCACGAAAGAGACCGAGAUGCCUGCAAGUGGCCCUGUAUAUCAGCCGACGACCGUGAGUUACGAGCAGCAAAAUGAAUGGUCACGGCCUGGAAGUUAUUUGUCACAGACCGUACCGACAAGACUCAGGAGUCCACGUUGCAUACUUUGGUUCCUCCUGGCGCUUGCGCUCUUCUCUUUAGGUGCAGGGCUUAUAAUAGUCAUUGAAGGGAACGUCGCCUUUUCUGACAAUUUACAGAACCAAAUGGAAGACGCAAAUGGUUUUGUCAAAGAGAGGGAGAACUCGAGCAGCAGAUUGGGUCUCUCCAUAGUCGGCUCGGUGAUGAUUUUAAUUGGAGUCAUUCUCCUUGUUAUAUAUACAAGGAUGAUGAUGAGAAGAAAAGAGUGUCCAUGUUAUCCGUCUAAAGAAGAAAGGAUGGCAAUGCACCUUGACCAAGGAGGAAACGGGCAGAUUCAUACAAUGAACCCAUCAACGGAUUUGUUGGUCGCGGCUCAGUAUGGACCAGUGUCGGAGAUCGCAUACCAACCACCAUCUGGAAUUGAGCACGAGGAGACGAGCAAGUUAAUGGCAACGACCGAAAACAAAGAGGGGAACGAGGAAAACGAAAGAAUGCUUGAAUCAGAUCCAAGGAUCGUACUAAGGCCUUUGAGUCACAACGAAGAAGUUUAGAAGGUAUAAAGAGAUCAAAGAGGAAGACAGAAGAUUAGCGCCAUUGGCUAAUGCUGAAGAACUGGAAGUCUCAUUCAAUUCAGAAUCAGAUGACAUUUGUUCUUUAGGCAUGAGUAUAACUUCAUUAACCUCAUCUCAAUCGACAUCAUAUUAGAAUAAUUUUCUUAGAAUUUAUACAUUCUGCUUACCCUCAGAAAUAUUGCCAAGGUUUAAAACCCGAUGUUCGUGAUGAUGUUCCUAAUACCCAUUUGAGAAUCAAAUGAUGUAAAUAAGGAAAUGUUUUUUUUUAUUGUAACACUUUUUUUUAUUGUUAGUGUAUGCACAUAUCAGCACGGCAAACAUUCCGUUUUAAUGAUGUUUCAGCACAUGUGCGUUUUUUGUUGUUUUUUUUUUAUAUAAGCACCAAAAAUGAACAUCUUUCAAAUUUCAAAAAAAGAGCACAAUGUUUAUUUUUAUGGAAUUUAUUAUUAACAAUAAGUAUAUAAAAUAUGCUUGAACUGAUUGUAUAGAUGUUAGGUUAAUUUUAAGCUAUAAUAGCACACAAAAAUAUAAAGCUUUCUAGCUCUUUAAUUGAUUAAAAAUAUGUUUAUUUAUAAUUUAUUAUAGGUUCUAAAAUGAUUAUUUCUGUACAUAACUCAACAUAUUUUGUUAUUUUUUUAAAUUAUUUUUAUUUUCAAUAAGAAAAAAGGUUGUUAAAUAUUUUUGUUGUGAGAGUGAGUUAUCAGGUUGUGGAAACUUUACCAGAUUUGUUUAUUUUUUAUCAAAAAAUAAUAAUAUACAUUAUCUCAGAUUAAUUUAUUUUUCGACUUAGUUUACACUAGCUUGUAUUUAAUUAUUAAAUAUUAAUUUAGGAAAUAAGAUUUUAAAAAAUACUAGGAAGAAUAUCAAUUAAAGUUUUCUCUAAAAAUAAAAUAAACAGGGGAAAUUUACUAAAUUCAAAUCUCAGCGUCCAAUUCUUCCAUUGUAAAUUUAGCAAGUACGGCUUUGAAAAACUCACAAGUUAGUUGAGAUUUAAACAUAAAUGACAGUACUUCCUUGACUUUUUGCAUAGCAUGAGACGUACUUCAAAAGGAAAUAAUAAAAAUAUUUUAAAUAAUGGAAAGAUUGAUUUAAAAUAACUUUAUGUUGUGUCAUGGUUAAAAAAAUGUUAUCAAACAAAUAAGUUGAUUUCGACAUAAACAAAUCUGCUCAAAAUGGUUUUAACAACAACAAAAAUUUGUAAACUUUGUACAAAAGUAUUUUUUAUGGUUAUUACUAAACUAACCAAGAGGUGUUAUUAUGAAGAAAUGGUUUAGUCCAUGAAAGAAUAAGUGAGAAUUGUAAAUAAUAAAAUAAGUUAAAAUAAGACUAAAUAUUUUUUUAAUAUUCAUUGCUUUAGUAUAUUUGGAUUUUUUUUUUUUUCAAAAAAAUUUUAAUGAAUCAUUAUUAGACUGCUUAUUUUAUUAUUAAAUAUUGAUAUAUGACUUGAUUCCACUAAUGUAUUAAUACAAUUGCAAAUUUGUUUUAAACGUUUUUGGUAGGAGCCUUUAACACCAUUCUCCAAGUUUAAUAUAAGAAUGUUAAAACAAUUUGUGAAGAAAGGAAGAAUAAUGUUAUGGCUGUGAUGGAAGAUAAUGUUAGCAAGACAUUUCAGUUCCAGUAUCAAAACCAUGACAUUUAUUUAGUCUGUGUGUUUUGUGUUGAAAACAAACAAAAAAAAUUAAAAAAUACUUACAUUAUUUUGUUUUUAACCCCCUUGA